GGACAAAGAAAAUGAAGUACUGAGGGAGAGGGCAAUGAGAAUGCAUAGCCACACAAAAUACAGAGUGAUCACUAAAGUGAUGAACAUGGUGUCAUGGUGAAUGGUUAAGGGUGGUGAUAGACAUGGCCUCUACUCUCACUCUUUCUCUGAGUCUCUCCACCACCACCACUUCCUCCUCCUUUCUCCCCCACACCACCAUUACCAAAAACGGGUUUCGAUAUCCAAGAAUUAAGCUCUUCUCCUCCAAGCACCGUGUCUUCUCUGUCUCAGCUUCAUCUUCUUCACCUUCGCUUCAAGCACUCAUAUUUGACUGCGAUGGUGUCAUCCUAGAGUCCGAGCACUUGCAUCGCCAAGCCUACAACGACGCGUUUGUUCACUUCAAUGUUCGCUGCAACUCUUCUUCUCCUGAACCACUCAACUGGGACAUCGAGUUCUACGAUGUACUCCAGAACACCAUCGGUGGAGGCAAACCCAAAAUGCGAUGGUAUUUUAAGGAGCAUGGUUGGCCAUCAUCCACAUUAUUCGAGACGCCUCCAAGUAAUGAUGAGGAUCAAGCUAAAUUGAUUGACACUCUUCAGGGUUGGAAGACUGAGAGAUACAAAGAUAUAAUCAAGUCUGGAACUGUAAAACCUAGGCCCGGAGUUUUGAGAUUGAUGGAUGAGGCCAAAGAUGCUGGGAAAAAGUUAGCUGUUUGCUCUGCAGCAACUAAAAGUUCAGUUAUUCUGUGUCUUGAAAACCUUAUAGGAAUUGAGCGCUUUCAAAGCCUUGAUUGCUUUCUUGCUGGUGACGAUGUGAAGGAAAAGAAGCCUGACCCAUCAAUAUAUUUGACAGCUUCCAAGAAGCUGGGUGUAUCAGAGAAAGACUGCUUGGUGAUAGAGGAUAGUGUUAUUGGGUUACAGGCAGCUACACAGGCAGGGAUGUCAUGUGUGGUUACCUACACAUCUUCCACAGCUGAACAGGAUUUCAAAGAAGCCAUAGCAAUCUACCCUGACCUGAGUAAUUUGAGAUUGAAUGAUUUGGAAUUGCUACUUAAAGAUGUGGUAACUGCUAAAUAGGGGAAUUGCUUGUGGUUUUGGCAGCACUGCAAUGGUUUCUGUCAGGAGGAUGGAUUGAAUAUUUGAUGUUAACCACAGGGUUAAGAUCUUGUGUUUUUUUACUUGUUUUUCCUUAUAUUUAUUGAUGGCUGAUGUAUACAUGUAAGAUAAAUAUGUAAACAGUUCAUUGCAAAAUGUAAUUAAGAUCAUUGUCCAUUGUUUUUUUGUCA